AUGGCCGCCGGCGUCGUAGCUCUUAAGGUUCAGCAAGCCCACCACAGCCGCCACCAUGACAAUCUGGAACGAGACCGAGAUCGAGAUCGCCAGCGAGAUCGUGAGCGAAGAAGAAGAAGGGAAGACGACCAGCGCCGCCGAUCCUGCGCUGAAAGGCGCCGCCGAUCCGACUCCAAGCCGAAGGAUGGGAACGACGAGGAGACGGACCCCGAGGUCACCAGGACGGACAUCAUCACCGAGCUGGAGGUGGUGAAGAAGCUCCAGGAAGGCAGCCACAUGGAGCUCGAGCUGAAGGAGGUGGAGGAGUUCGCGAAGGCGCUCGGCACAGACCAGGACGGGAAGGUAAAACUGCAGGAUGUUCUGAACGUCCUCACGGCUAAGCUGGACCCGCCCGUGCCCGAGGAUCAGGCCGUGGCUUUUCUGACGCCGGCGAUACAGCGCUCUGUCGAGGAUGUGGAGACGGUGUCUAUCGAGAACUGCUCCGUCAUGCCGAUGGACCUGCACUGGGCCCUGACCCAUCUGACCGCGCGCAUGUUGAAGAAGUCCCGCUUCAUGGACGAUGAGGACAAGCCCGAUAUCAACGUAAAGCUUCUAGUGGACACCGUAGUGAAGAUCACCAACCGCCAUGAUGCGUUCAUGACGCUCCCGAUCACUGCCUUCUACAUGUGCCUCUUUGUCGUGCUGGUGAUGACACACUUGAGGAUCUGGCCGCGCCAGACCAGCGAGAAGGCGCUCGAGGAGUGGGUCAACGGGCGAGAUCCGCGCACAAACUGCGAGAACAACGUCGACAAUAUGGAGGCAUUUUGGGAGUGGUUCCUCGGAGACGAAGAUGGUAUCAAAGGGGUGAUCAAUUUCCCGCGGCCUUCUCAAGCGGUCCCAGACCCCACUUGGAAAUAUUACACGUUGGCCAACAAUCACGUCCUCAUUGGAGACAUGAAGAUCAUCAAGAGCAUGCGCAAUGGUGCUCAGGAGGAGAGGUGGUUGUUGCACUCGGGUUGUGGUCAGGAGGCGCUCCAGGCAGGGAGUGCUGACGAGGUCGCUGCCUGGAUGGCAGCACAGUGCUUGAUGACAGGCUGCUCGACCACAUCGUGCAUAGCACAGGGUAGCGCUGGUACCCUUGCCAAGUGGGACGAUCCAGACAUCGCCACGCUUGUGGUCACCUUCGUCACCUACAACGAGAGGGCGCAGAUGUUCGGCCUGACGUCGGUGAAUAUCAAAUUCUACGAGUGGGCUUCCGUUUACAGCAGGAUCAAUUCAGAGGUGGUCGCCGUGCAGGCAUACCCAUCGGCGUCGGUCAUCUUGGCCGAGGUACUCUUCGUGAUCGUGAUCCUGUGGAUGACAUGGGUAGAGGGCAAAGACAUGCUCCAUUCGCUCAUGCUCGGAUGCGGCGAGUUCAAGGACUACUGGCAGUUCUGGAACUGUGUGGACUGGGUCUGCAUCUUGCUUGGCAUGUUGCUGAUCAUCACCUGGCUUGUGUGCACGGCGGCGAUGCAUGGCGAUGGGAUGAGAUCGAUCCUGGAUGAUGACGGCAAGCUGAUGGUGGAUCUGAUGGCUCUCGAUGAGGCCUCUGUGGAACGUGUCAUGAGCGAGGUCGACGUCCUGCAAUCGAGGUUCAGGUGGUUGCAUUUGUUCAUGGCAGCGAAUACGGUCAGCAUUGUGGCGAAGUUCUUCAAAGCCUUCACCUCGAACCCCCGCUUGAAGGUGGUGACCGACACGUUCAAGCAUGCAAGUACCGAUUUCGCGCACUUCUUCAUCAUCUUCUUCACGAUCUUCCUUCCCUUCACGAUCAUCGGUCACGUGCUGUUCGGGAACGACCUCGAAGAGUUCAGCAGCAUCGGUAGCAGUUUCAACACUGGCAUGCAAGUCAUGCUCGGCGACUUCGCGUGGUAUGUCGGAGUCAUGGAAGAACGAUCGCUGUAUGGAGAAACAGCCUACUUGCCCUCGGGUGUCCCGGUCAUCAUGGUGUUCAUCUGGCUCGCGUCCUACAUGUUUCUAGUAUUCCUGGUGUUGCUCAACGUGCUGCUGGCCAUCAUCAUCAAGCAUCAGACACAUGUGGACUCCCAGCUUGGCAUGCAGGCCGAGGCCGAAUGCCCCACGAUUUGGAAGCAGGUGGCAGACUACAUCGAGUUUCGAAAAAAGUCCAAGGGCUUCAAAUACAGCUUGGAGCACGUGCGGCGAUUGUUGGAGAAUGACGACGAGCCCGCCCACGGAGAGGACGAAGACGCGGAGGUCACGGAGGAUUCUUUGAAGCAGGCUUUUCAGGACAUGUCCGAGGAGCAGGCAGCCUACCACAUUGAGAUCAUGAGGCUCGAGCUGGCGAGCAGGGAUGAGAGGGAGAAAAAGGAAUCCGGAGGGAAUGAUCCCGCUCUUUCGAAGACCGAGUUCGAGGAGUUCAAGGACAAGAUGAGCGCCAAGGUCGACGAGAUCUCGGAGGUCUGCAACCAGCCCCUCGACAAGAGCUUCGGCAGCAUCAGCCGAACGCUGAGCGAGGUCCUGCGCCUCUUCGAGAAGCUCCAGAGCCAGCAGAGCUCCCUCGGCAGGCGGGUGGACGAGCUCCAGCGCGGGACGCGGGGCAGCCCCAGGGACGACCGCACGGUGGCCGCGCCUGCGGAUCCCCUCGACGGCCAGGCCAGAGACGAGCGCGCUGCGGCGCCCAGGCCGGCCUCUGCGCGAGGCGGCGGCGACGGGGGCGCGCGGCGCGACCCCGCGGACGACCGCCGCGGCAAGCGGCGCAGGACGCCCCCCGACGCCGGCGCGCGGGGCGCGUAG